CUGGUUUAGAAAAAUCUCGAUUGUCCCCGCCAAAAGUGAAGACACAACAAAGACAUUAAAUUUGUCGCUUUUUUUGACUAAAACAUUUUUAAAAUGUCAUCAUCCGACGAAGAAAGUGUUCCAGACGAACCGAUGGACGAGUCUCCUGUCCCUGGUCCGUCUCUAUUGUUGAAAGCACCGCCUGGAGCUGCAGAACCCGUCCAGGAGGAAGGCAGUUAUGAAGAAAAACUUGAAUCGGACAGGUCAAAUCGAUUCGACUUCUUGUUACAACAGACAGAGUUGUUUGCCCAUUUCAUGCAGACUGGUGGUGCGAUCAAAGGCAAUGUCCCUACAAGUCCGCUAAAGAUGAAACCAGGAAGGCCUAAAAUAGGCAAAAAACUUAAUGAAAAGGAAAAACUGGUAUUAGCUGGAGAUCAUCGUCAUCGACGUACUGAACAAGAAGAAGAUGAAGAGUUGCUGACAGAAGCCCGGAAGUCUCAUAGCAUACUGACAAGAUUUGAAGAAUCGCCAUCUUAUAUCCUUGGUGGAAAAAUGAGGGACUAUCAAGUUCGUGGACUGAAUUGGAUGAUUUCCCUGUAUGAAAAUGGCAUCAAUGGAAUCCUUGCUGAUGAAAUGGGUCUAGGUAAAACUCUUCAGACAAUAUCGUUGCUAGGCUACAUGAAACACUACAGAAACAUUGCCAGUCCUCAUCUGGUGAUCGUUCCAAAGUCGACACUGACAAACUGGAUGCAGGAGUUCGACCGCUGGUGUCCAUCAUUACGUGCUGUGUGCCUCAUUGGAAAUCAGAAACAGAGAGCUGAUUUUGUCCGAGACACACUAAUGCCCGGAGAGUGGGAUGUCUGCAUCACAUCUUACGAGAUGGUUAUUCUGGAGAAGAGUGUCUUCAAGAAAUUCAACUGGAGAUAUUUGGUUAUUGACGAGGCACACAGAAUUAAAAAUGAAAAAUCAAAGUUGUCAGAAAUUGUGCGUGAAUUCAAGACGACCAACAGACUGCUUCUUACCGGCACGCCACUUCAGAACAAUUUGCAUGAACUGUGGGCUCUUCUCAACUUUCUCCUGCCUGAUGUGUUCAACAAUGCAAAUGAUUUUGAUUCAUGGUUCAACACCAACAACUGUUUGGGUAAUGACACACAACUUGUGGAGAGACUGCACAGCGUUUUGCGACCAUUUUUGUUACGAAGAAUCAAAUCGGAUGUGGAAAAAGCACUUUUACCAAAGAAAGAGAUCAAAAUAUUUGUUGGUCUGAGCAAGAUGCAAAGAGAAUGGUAUACAAAGAUCUUGAUGAAAGACAUCGACAUUGUGAAUGGUGCGGGCAAACAAGACAAGAUGAGACUUCUCAAUAUUCUCAUGCAGCUGAGGAAGUGUUCCAACCAUCCAUACCUCUUUGAUGGAGCAGAGCCUGGUCCCCCGUACACAACCGACAUGCAUCUGAUCACCAACUCGGGCAAGAUGGUGGUACUCGACAAACUACUGCCCAAACUGAAAAUACAAGAUUCGCGAGUGCUGAUUUUCUGUCAGAUGACCCGAAUGAUGGAUAUUCUGGAAGAUUACUGUUACUGGAAGAAUUACGACUACUGUCGACUUGACGGCAGCACGCCUCACGAGGAAAGACAGUUAUCAAUCAACGACUUCAACAGCCCGGAGAGUAAGAAGUUCGUCUUUAUGCUGAGUACGCGAGCUGGUGGUCUGGGUAUCAAUCUCGCUAGCGCCGACAUUGUCAUUCUCUUUGACUCGGACUGGAACCCGCAAGUCGACUUGCAGGCCCAGGACCGAGCUCAUCGUAUUGGACAAACGAAGCAAGUGAUGGUGUUCCGCUUUAUCACAGAAAACACUGUGGAGGAGCGCAUUGUGGAGAAAGCUGAAAUGAAGCUACACCUCGACAACAUCGUCAUUCAGCAAGGACGUCUGGUGGAUUCAGCGUCCAGUAAGCUUGGAAAAGAUGAAGUACUCAAGAUGAUUCGCCAUGGAGCAAGUGAGGUUUUUGCAUCAAAAGACAGCCAGAUUUCAGACGAAGAUAUUGACAGCAUUAUACAGAAAGGAGAACAAAAAACUGAAGAAAUCCGAAGCAAGAUUGCCUCUCUAGGGGAGAGCACUCUGCAGUCCUUCACAAUGGACACGCCCGAGUCCAACAGUGUGUAUCAGUUUGAGGGUGAGGACUACCGGGACAAGCAGAAGCUCGGAGGUAUCAGUAACUGGAUUGAGCCGCCUAAACGAGAGCGAAAGGCCAACUACGCAGUCGACGCAUACUUCCGAGAAGCUCUCAGAGUUAGUGAACCCAAGGCACCAAAGGCUCCCAGACCACCAAAGCAGCCCAAUGUCCAAGACUUUCAGUUCUUCCCUCCCAGGCUAUUUGAGCUUCUGGAUAAGGAAAUUUAUUUCUACAGAAAAACUAUUGGAUACAGAGUUCCUAAGAACCAUGAUUUGGGACCUGAUGCUGAACGAGUUAGAAAAGAAGAACAGAAGAAAAUUGAUGAAUCCGAUGAACUUGUGGAGGAAGAACUGUCUGAAAAGACGGAAUUGCUGAAGCAGGGUUUCACGAAUUGGUCGAAACGUGACUUCCAACAGUUUAUCAAGGCAAAUGAGAAAUAUGGGCGAGAUGACAUUGAGGCGAUCAGCCGAGACGUGGAAGGCAAGACACCUGAAGAGGUGAUGCAGUAUUCGACGGUGUUCUGGGACCGGUGUAAUGAGCUGCAGGACGUGGAGAGGAUCAUGGCUCAGAUCGACCGAGGUGAAGCCAGAAUACAGAGGAGAAUCGGCAUCAAGAAAGCGCUCGAUGCCAAGAUGUCUCGCUACCGUGCACCAUUCCACCAGCUGCGCAUCCAGUACGGAACAAACAAGGGAAAGAACUACACGGAGGAGGAGGAUCGAUUCCUCGUCUGCAUGCUACACAAACUCGGCUUUGACAAAGAGAAUGUCUACGACGACCUGCGGCAGUCUGUCCGACAAGCACCACAGUUCAGAUUUGAUUGGUUCAUCAAGUCAAGGACCGCGAUGGAAAUUCAGCGACGUUGCAAUACACUGAUUACGCUUAUUGAGAGAGAGAAUAUGGAGUUGGAAGAAAGAGAAAAGGCAGAGAGAAGGAAAAAGGGAGGAGCUAAAGGAGGGACACCUAAGGGAGCAAAACGUAAAGCCGAUGGCACUCCAGAUAACAGAGGCCGACCAAAGAAGAAAAAGGCUUAAUGCGCGGAAUCUGCACGUAGAGACGAAAGACUUGAACAUUAAUACAUAGAGUACUCUCAAGUGUUCGAUGAAUAACACUACACAAUAGUUCUUCUGUGACAAAGAAAGACCUCAUCUGUUGUACCAGGAUUUGGUGAUAAAAUAACAGUUUUGGAAUCACUAUUGUGCAAGGAAGUACUUCUACUAUUAUACAGUGGCCAUUUUGUAUGUCUGUGUUUUCCAUUUUGUGCAGUCAUAUAUUGGAAUCCAUUCACAUAACUGGAAAUUGACAAGAAGUUGAAAGAUCAUUUCAGUUUAAUUGGUUGGAUUAUGGGCAGAAGAGAUUCUAAAACUAGAGCGAUAUGAGGACCAAUGCAUUCUUUAUUGUAAUUAUUUGUCGGUUUUAUCAUUGAAGUCACUGACUCUAGUUUACGAAGUACAUAUCUUCUAUUUGGCAUAAGAUGCAUUGGGACUACAGCAAACGCCAGGACGACCUGAAACUUAAUGGAUUUGAUAAAACUGAUAAUACACUGCCUAAUAACUAGAGACAGAGCAUUUAAUGUUCUCGACAGAUUUUAUUUUGAAAUGUUUCCUGAAUGAGACUUCAUAGUUUUAGAUUGACGAAUUCAACUCCGAUACUGACCGUAAAAAGCCUAAUAUAAUAGAAAGCAGAUUGGAUAUAGAUCUGGUGAUAUUUAGAUCCUUGUAUUUUAAUUGUAAAUCUGGUUUUAAAAUGCAUGUUAAUUUUAGUUGUCAUUAAUAGUAAAAUGGUGGACUAUUUAUUUGAAUUCAUUAUAUUCACUGUGGACCAGUUUAAGUAACUAUUGUGGUACUUGUUUUUCCAUCAGCGUCUGAAAUAUCUCCCCCCCCCCCCAGAUGUAGACCUAAAAUGUUAAAUUAUGUAUGUUCAUACAUAUUUUGUUUUAGUUUGUUACCAUUUUGCCAGAUUAUGUAACUGACCAUGACAACAUAAAUUUGUGUGCAUUGCACAACUUUAUCCUUAUCUAAAUGUCACUAAUAGUUUUAUGUGUCUUUAUGUACAUGGGUAAAAUGAAACUAAAAUACUUUUGGAUUUCAUGUAUUUAAAUAAAACGUGAUCUAAAA